AGCCUGCUUGAUUUGGGGUCGUAGAUCAGAUCAUGGCGUUGCGACUCUCAUUGGUGGCAGUCCUACUCCUGUUAUUGGUGGCUAGUACUACUACAACAACAGCAGCUGCUGCUCAAGCCCUGCCUGGUUGCUCAGACAAGUGCGGCAAUCUCACAAUUCCAUACCCAUUUGGCAUGGAGGAGGGUUGUUACCUGCGAGAAGAAUUCUUUAUCAAUUGUAGCAAUACCACCCAACCACCAACAGCAUAUUUAAGAGCCAGCAAUAUCAUUGUUACUAACAUUUCCCUUGAUGAAGGUGAGUUGCAAAUAUCCAACAACGUGGCUGAAGCUUGCUAUAACGAGCAGGGCAAUGUGACAUCCAGCAAGGAUUAUUCGCUCGACCUGCCCUUUCCUUAUACGAUAUCCGAUACCAAAAACAAGUUCUACACUGUUGGUUGUGACACUUAUUCAAUUUUACAAGGCUUCCUAGGGGAAGAUGAGUUCGAUACGGGGUGCAUUUCCAUAUGCAACGGGCUUGACAUUGUUGAUCAAUAUUCUUGCUCUGGCGCUGGGUGUUGCCAGACCAACAUCCCCAGAGGGUUGAAAAAUACGACGGCUUCGUUGUAUACCAUCAACGGUCAUGAGGAUAUAUGGGAAUUUAACCCCUGCAGCUACGCCUUUAUUGCAGAGCAAGGACAGUUCAAUUUCUCUGCUGCAAGUGUAAAGAAACAGGACAAAAACUACCGGCUUCCAGCGGUUCUUAAUUGGGCUAUUGGGAAUGACACAGACUCCUGUGCUGAAGCUCAAAAGAGGAAGGGUUUUGCUUGCACGGCUAAUAGCAGGUGCGCCAACGCGCCUAUCAAUGGGUCUGUAGGUACUUGUGCCAGUGCUUAUCUGGUUAUGAAGGAAACCCCUACCAUCCAAAUGGUUGCCAAGAUAUUGAUGAGUGCACGGCUUUAAACCCCUGCAAUGGACUGAAUGAAGUAUGUAUUAAUUCACUAGGGAAUUACUCUUGUUUAUGUCGCAAUGGCUACAAAAACAAUGGCCCGAAUGGAAAGUGCAUCAAAGACAAUUCCAGCGACCGUCUCCUGCUCAUAAUUCUUUCAUUGGGUAUGCACUUAAUAUACUCUUUCUAGUUUUGUAAGACUUAUUUUUUAUUUUUUAGGGGCAUCACCUAAUAACCCCUUAAUCUAUUGACCUCUGUGAUUUGCACAUUCCUAAUCCCUCCCGUAGUUAUUCCUCAUCAUUACCAAUUGAACUUUUACCUCAGGAAAUUGUGGUAUGCAAAAAUAAAUUAUAAUGACUGUUGAACUAUAUAUGUGCAGGAAUUUCUGUAGGCCUAUUUGUGAUUUUAUUAGUUGGAAGUUUAU